AUGACCACCAAUCUUCUCGCAAUAACUUCUGUAGUUGGCAUCUUGGUUGUGACUGAAUUGGAUUACCAGGAAAAAAUUCUACUGAGUAUAUGCUCCAGUCGCACCAGUUUAUUAGUGAAAAAAGCAAGAACGAAGAUUUCGAAGUUAGCGUUUCGACUCGAAGAAUGUCAUGGGUAUAACGAAUUCAAGAUUAGAGUUGUGAUUAAUAACACUGCUAAUAAUAUAUGGUCACCUGUAACGUCAUUGCUACAUGUUCACAAAUUGGCCUUGAAAAAAGUUGUAACUGUUAAGCUUGGACUUGAUUACAAAGCAGCUACAAAUUUCGAUUCAUGGUGCGAGGAAGACGGAACAUUUCUACACCGACUGGAAUGUGCAAACGAGCCAAUGGCAGUUCAGAGAACUCUUCAAGAUUAUAUCAGUUCAUUAUUCUACUCCGAAACUACCCAAUUGUACCUAUCGAUGAAAUGUGAAGGAAGUCUGCCAAAUAUUACGAAUGUCAAAGACAUAGAGAUAGAGGACGAAACUAUUGAACCACAAUUUUUGAAUUUCGUCGGUCGAAACAUACGGUUGAACACUAUAACUUUAAGUGAACAAGAUCUCAUUCAAUUUCUACGUAAAUGGAUUUCGAACGAAGCAUAUCAUAACCUGGAGACGUUAUCCAUUUAUACAGUACAUAGAAUAAAUGAAGCUCUUAUAAAGCAGGCGAUCGAAAUCGAGGAAUACGAUCCGGAUGAAUCAGAUAAGAGACCAGUUGAUUUUGUUGUUGAUAUACCGUAA